UAAGAUGGCUGUGUCUCGCGGAGCCUCGUGCUGGUUUGGUUGAUUUCUAGCUCGCGCUCUCGUUCUGUAACAGAAGCCCCCCCCUCCCUCCAACACACACACACACAUACACACACACACUCACUUGUGUCGGUGAAAUUCAUUUCCCUGGCUCUGUAUUUAUAUAUUUUUUCUUUCACAAACUUCCCCCCCAUCUCUGUUUUAACUUUAACCGGAGUCGCAGUGGAUUACCGGAUACCGGUCCGGGCGGAGGGCAAAGGGGGGAAUGAACCGGGACAACGGGUACGUUGUUAUAAAUAUAAUUGUAUUUAUAUUCAAUGGUUGUUCGGAGUUUGAUUGUGAGUGAGUCGCCGUGCUGAGAGAGAGAGGCAGAGAAAGAGUGGAGGAGAGAGAGAGAGGGAUAUCAUGGCCGCUCAGGUCGCCAGCGUCGCCACUCUCAACACCAGCCCGCCAUCCGAACUCAAAAAGCCGGAUCGGGACCCACAGGAGGAGUCGGUACCGGGAGAGAAGCAGCAUGAAAAUAAGGAGCCGGGACCUGACGGCGGAUCUCCCGGUCAGAAGGAACUGCAGGACGGGACCGAUGCUGGAAAUGUUGGGGGAGGAGGGGAUUCUGACAUGAAGAACGGCAACGGGAAUUUGCCCAGGGUAAAUAAUAAUAGCAGUAAUCAGAAUGAUACCGGCGGGCCCGAAGGGAAUAACCAUCCCGGGAUGGGACACCACCACCCGGGCCCCUUUCCUCCACCUCCUUACGGUUACAACCAGCACUACAGCCGGGCCCCUUUUCAUCAACAUGGCGGACAACAAAGCCCUGGCAUGGCAGCUGCAUCGGGGCCGGGCAUGAUGGACCCUUACCCCCCUAAUUCACACGAACACGGAUACCCCAACCAUUAUAACAACUACAGCCCGUUCCAGAACAGGACUUCUUUUCAGGGCCAAGGAUACGGGGCCAUGAAUUCCCCGCGUAACAACCAGCCUCCGGCGGCUGGGGGGCAGCCAGGCAAGCAACAGCCAGCAGGAGGAACCACAGCUAUGGCUGCCUCGUACAAUAAUCAGAGGUAUAACGUGGGAAACCAACAACCUACGUCUACGCCAACUUUAAAUCAGCUUUUGACAUCCCCGAGCUCCACCAGGAGCUACCCGAACUACCCCCAAGGAGACUAUAACAAUCAGGAAGGGGCCAACAAGGGACCAGGAGAACUGGGCAGCAGUCAGUAUGGUGGUGUCCAUCCGGGUUGGCAACCAAGGACCCACCACCAGCCUCCCAUGAGCCCGGGAAACACUGGACAACCUCCCAGCAGGAACCAGCCUCCAAGCCCAAUGGACCAGGUAGGGAAGAUGCGUGGCCAGCCAUAUGGAGGACCCAACCCCUACUCCCAGCAGCAGCAAGGGCCUCCCACAGGGCCUGGACCCCAACAGGGAGGCUCAUACCCAGGCCAGGCCUAUGGACCUCCUGGGCCUCAGAGAUAUCCAAUGGGCAUGCAGAGCCGAACACCCGGCACUAUGGCUGGCAUGCAGUACGGACAGCAGAUGUCAACCUAUGGACAGCAGGGCCCCGCAGGCUAUGGCCAACAGAGCCAGGGAUACUAUGGUCAGCACGGCCCCCCAACUCACCCUGGCCAGCAACAGCCUACUUAUCCUGUUCAACCACAGGGAAGCUCGGGACCUACCUACCCUCAGCAGGGCCACCCUUCACAGUCUCCUGGCCAACAUGGGCAGACAGGACCCCCUUACCAACAAUCGCAAGGUCCCCACGGCCCUCCCCCAGGACAGCCUCCGUAUAGCCAGCCCUCACAGUCUCAGCCGGGACAGCCACCUUACGUCCCUCCCCAGCAGCAGCAGUCGCAGCAGCCGCCUCAACAGCAGCAAGGUCCUGGUCCCCAAAGUCAGCAGGGCCCUCAGGGCCAGCCUGGCUACCCACAACCCCCAGGACCAGGGCAGCCACCACCGCAGCAAACCCCACAACAACAGCAACAGCAGCAACAACAAGGGCCCCCACAACAACAACAACAACAACAACAACCACAGCCACAGCCAGGAGGUCAGCCUCCUCAAGCCCAGCAACCUUCAGGUCAUCAACAGGGUCAAGCAUCACCUUACUCUCAGACACCGCCACAGCAGCAGCAGCAGCAACAGCAGCAGCAGCAGCAACAACAACAACAACAACAACAGCAGCAACAACAACAGCAACAGCAGCGAGAGCAGCAACAGCAGCGAGAGCAGCAACAGCAGCGAGAGCAGCGAGAGCAGCGAGAGCAACAGUCAUCAUAUCAGAGGUUUCCACCUCCUCCACAGGAACUCUCCCAGGAUUCAUUUAGCUCCCAGUCCAGUGCUCCUCCUUCCAACCAGCCCAUGGCCUCCAGCAAGAGCAGUCAAGAGGACAGCAUGCAGGGUCGGCCAUCCAGUCUGCCGGAUCUGUCGGGGUCCAUCGACGACCUGCCCACUGGUACAGAGGGGGCCCUGAGCCCAGGGGUCAGCACUUCAGGGGUGUCCAGCAGUCAGGGCGAGCAGAGCAACCCCGCCCAGUCGCCUUUCUCUCCACACACUUCGCCCCACCUGCCAGGCAUACGUGGGCCCUCUCCCUCGCCUGUGGGUUCCCCUGCCAGCGUCACCCCCUCUCGCACUGGUCCUCUGUCUCCAGCUGCUGUGCCAGGUAAUCAGAUGCCUCCUCGGCCGCCCAGCGUCCAGUCGGACAGCAUCUUGCACUCUUCCAUGAACCAGUCAGCCAUGGGCCAGGACAGGGUGUACAUGCGUAACCCUCAGAUGCCCCCAUACGGGUCCCCUGGACAACCUGGCUCCGCCUUAUCUCCACGUCAGUCUUCAGGAGGCCAGAUGCAUAGUGGGAUGGGACCCUACCCCCAGAACAACUCCAUGGGAAACUACGGGCCUCAGGGGGGACAGUACGGCCCACAAGGUUACCCUAGACAGCCCGGCUACACGGCGAUGCCCAACGCCAACUACCCCAGUGGCCCUGGAAUGGGUGGCUCCAUGAACCCCAUGCCUGGUCAGGCAAGCGGGACUCCUUAUGGAAACAUGCCGCCCGGUAGAAUAGGCCCGGGCCAGAUGGGUGCUCGGCCCUACGGUCCUGUAAUGGCCUCUAACAUGGCAGGCAUGCCUCCUCAGGUGGCUUCCGGGAUGUGUCCCCCACCAGGCAUGAACAGGAAGGAUGGCGGCCCCUCCAUGCACCAUGGGCCCACUAAUUCCAUACACAACAGGCCUCCUGGCUACCCAAACAUGUCCCAGGGCAUGAUGGGAUCAGGCUCUCCAUAUGGCCCUGGCAUGAACAGCAUGCACGGUAUGAUGAACCAGGGAGGGCCAGGGCCUUACCCAAUGGGAGCAAACGUGGCCAACAACACCCCUGGAAUGGCUCCCACUCCGGAGUUUGGCAUGGAUAAAAUGAUCCCUGCUCCGAAGAUAAACAACAAAGUGGAAGGGACUCCCAAGCCUGAAACCAAAAAGAAGUCAAGCUCGUCCACCAUCACCAACGAAAAGAUAACUCGUCUGUAUGAGCUCGGCCCGGAGCCAGAGAGGAAGAUGUGGGUGGACAGAUUCCUGGCCUUCGCUGAGGAGAAGGCCAUGGGCAUGAACAACCUGCCCGCUGUGGGACGCAAGCCUCUCGACCUCUUCAGACUCUACGUGUCCGUCAAGGAGAUUGGGGGCCUCACUCAGGUGAACAAGAACAAGAAGUGGAGGGAGCUGGCCACCAACCUGAACGUAGGCACGUCGAGCAGCGCAGCCAGCUCGCUCAAGAAACAGUACAUCCAGUGUUUGUACGCCUUUGAGUGCAAGAUUGAGCGAGGCGAGGACCCGCCCCCAGACAUCUUCAACGCAGACACCAAAAAGAACCAGGCAAAGAUCCAGCCUCCCAGCCCAGCUGGUUCUGGAUCCCUGCAAGGGCCCCAAACGCCUCAGUCCACCAGUAGUUCGAUGGCCGAGGGGGGAGACCUGAAGCCCCCCACUCCGGCUUCCACUCCACACACACAAAUGCCUCCAAUGCCUGGCGUCAGGAGUAGCGUGAAUUUGCAAGACCCUUUUGCUGAUGGUGGCGACCCAGCAUUUUCCAGAAGAAACGCUCUGACUCCCAACUCUCAGGGUUACCAGCCUGCGAUGGGCGGCCCAGAGAUGAUGGGGCGGAUGGGUCCCUACGAGUCCACCAAGGACCCCUUUGGUGGCAUGAGGAAAGCUGGAGAGCAGUUCAUGUCGCCAGGACCCAACAGUGGGAUGGCAGAGCAGUAUAACAGAGGCCCACCAGGCCCCAUGGGCAACAUGCAGAUGGGCCAGAGGCAACAGUACCCAUACGGAUAUGACCGAAGACAGGAGCCAGGCAUGGGCCCUGAUGGCAGCAUGGGACCAGGAGCUCCUCAGCCCAACAUGAUGCCUUCUGGAGCCGACACAGGGAUGUACUCACCCAGCCGCCCUCCACCACAGCAACGGCAUGAGUCCUAUCCCAAUCAGUACCCUGGCCAAGGAGCUCCCCCUGGUGGCCCAUACCCAAAUCAACAGCCAGGAAUGUAUCCUCAGCAGCAACCGAACUACAAGCGUCCUGUCGAUGGAGGGUAUGGACCUCCUGCCAAGCGACAUGAGGGUGAAAUGUACAGUGUCCCCUACAGUGGUCAGCAGCAGCCAGGUCCACAGCCAUCGGGGCCCCAGGGCCAACAGGACAUGUAUAACCAGUAUAAUGCGUAUCCUGGAGGUGAACGAAGACCACCGGGCCCACAGGGCCAGUUCCCCUUUCCCUUUGGUCGGGACAGAGGACCGUCAUCUGCAGGCCCCAACUCCCAGUCUCCAAUGCCUCCCCAGAUGAUGGCGAGCCCCAUGCCUUCAGGUCCCGAUGGCCCCCAAGGACCAAUGUGGCAGGGUCGCACUGAGAUCGGCUACCAGAACUAUCCCAACCGACAGGGACCUCCUGUACCCGGCCAGGGCCCCGGCUACCAUGGCAUGAACCGCUCAGAGGAGAUGAUGCCAUCAGACCAACGCAUGAACCACGAGGGCCAGUGGCCGGGUCACGUCAACCAGCGGCAGCCACCAUUUGGCCCUGGUGGUUCUGGACCGCCCAUGACCAGACCCCUGCCAUCCACCUACCAGACUUCCCAGAACCACAUUCCUCAGGUGUCAAGUCCAGCGCCCAUGCCCCGGCCAAUGGAAAGCAGGACGUCACCCAGCAAGUCCCCCUACAUGCAUCCGGGCAUUAAGGUGCAGAAAGCCGGACCUCCAGUACCUGCCUCCCACAUUGGCCAGGCCCCCGUGCAGCAACCCAUGAUCAGGCGAGACGUGGCCUUCCCUCCAGGCUCUAUUGAGGCCUCACAACCUCACCUUAAACCCCGCAGGCGGCUCACCAUAAAAGACAUAGGCACUCCUGAGGCUUGGAGAGUGAUGAUGUCACUAAAGUCAGGCUUACUAGCUGAAAGCACAUGGGCCUUGGACACCAUUAACAUUCUGUUGUAUGAUGACAACAGCAUUUCUACAUUUAACUUGUGCUCGCUUCCUGGAUUCCUCGAGUUGGUGGUUGAGUACUUUAGACGCUGCCUCAUCGAGAUCUUCGGCAUCUUAAAGGAGUACGAAGUAGGGGACCCCGGCCAGCGCACCCUCAUAGACCCCAAUGCUGCGGAGGACUCUGAUGAUGACAUCCUCAUGCCAGAGGGUGAGGACAUGGACACGGAUGAAGAAGACGAAGACGAUGAGGAGGUAAAGGAAUCAAAGGCCAACCCUGACACCUCCUCACCAAUCCAGGUGAAACAGGAGGAGGACAGCUCCCAGAAAGACAAGUCUUCAGAGGACGAGGACGAGGAGAAGGAAAGGAAGCCUUCUAUCAAGGAACCCAGUACCUCUACCUCAGGGUCCUCCGUGGACCCCAACCUCCACUCGGAAAAGCCCAAGCAGGCUAGCAAGUUUGAUAAACUCCCCAUCAAGGUCGUGCGGAAGAAGAAUCCCUUCCUGCUGAACCACUCAUCCAAGCUUGGGCAGCGGCAGAGCUUUGACAGCGGCUUGAUACACUGGAGCAUUGGUGGGGGGGACACUACCGAACACAUCCAGACCCACUUCGAGAGUAGGAUGGAACUCCUCAAGCAACGGAAACGCUUGCAAACGGCCGCUGAGAGCCGUAAGAAGGUCCAGCUUCUAGAGAUGGCAACAGAAAAUCCUGAGAAAUCCAAAUCCAAUGAGGAGGAUAAACCUCGGGCGCAGCCAACCCAGUCGUCUGAACCUCAGAAGUCUCUAGCAGAGAAGACCACUCCUCCACUUCCAAUCAGCGCACCAGUCACUGCCACCAUUGAUGACGUACUAUCUGCCCGUCCAGGGUCAGUCACAGAGGAAGUGGUUCGUGGAGGCGCAGAGGAGCAGAAGGAAAACGGCAAGUACUUGUUCAGCAUCAACCCUGACUUCCAGAGCCGCCGCAACGUGAAGAUCCUGGAGGACGAGCCUCACAGUAAAGAUGAGACGCCACUCAGCACUCUGUCGGACUGGCAGGACUCGCUAGCUCGGCGCUGCAUCUGCAUCUCCAACAUAGUGCGCAGUCUCUCCUUCGUCCCAGGUAAUGAUUUGGAGAUGUCGAAACACCCAGGCCUCCUGCUGCUGCUUGGCCGCCUGGUGCUGCUCCACCACAGGCACCCAGAACGCAAACAAGCACCGGUCACCUACGAGAAGGAGGAGGAGGAAGAUGAGGGCGUGAGCUGCGAGAGGGACGAGUGGUGGUGGGACUGCCUCGAGGUCUUAAGGGAGAACUGUUUGGUCACUCUUGCAAACAUCUCAGGCCAGCUAGACCUUUCUAUCUACCCAGAGAGUAUAUGCCUGCCACUGCUGGAUGGCCUGCUCCAUUGGGCUGUCUGCCCCUCAGCGGAGGCCCUGGACCCUUUCCCCACGCUGGGGCCCCAUGGCUCACUUUCCCCCCAGAGACUGGUUCUUGAGACCCUCAGCAAGCUCAGCAUCCAGGACAACAACGUUGACCUCAUUCUCGCAACACCGCCGUUCAGUCGCAUGGAGAAACUCUACGGCUCACUGGUGCGUCUAGUCGGUGAGCGCAAGGUGGCCGUCUGCCGGGAAAUGGCGGUCGUCCUGUUGGCGAAUCUCGCCCAGGGUGACAGCAUGGCGGCUCGGGCUAUUGCUGUGCAGAAAGCCAGCGUAGGUAACCUGCUGGGCUUCUUGGAGGACAGCCUAGCUGCCACACAGUACCAGCAGAGCCAGAGCUCCUUGCUACAAAUGCAGGGCGGGCCCCAGUUUGAGCCCACGAGCGUUGACAUGAUGCGGCGGGCGGCCCGAGCCCUGCACGCUUUGGCGAAGGUAGAAGAAAACCACUCUGAGUUCACUUUGUACGAGUCGCGGCUACUGGACAUCUCAGUGUCCCCACUUAUGAACUCUCUGGUGUCCCAAGUGAUCUGUGACGUACUAUUUCUGAUUGGCCAGUCAUGACAGCCGUGGGGAGGUUUCAGCUCUGCCUCUUUCUGUUCCCCCCACCCUCCUUUUUUUGUGUGUAUGCGUGUGCGUAUGUCUGCUGAGAGAGAAUGAAAAGAGCAAAACUGACUGUCUUUUUUUUUUAUUUAUGCAAAAUCACCUCGGAUUCCACUGUCUUUCUACCCCUGCUUCUCACUAAAGGAAGGAAUAUCAUGAAGUAGCUGUGGAUUUUAAACGUCUGAAAUGGAAAGAUACUGGCAAAGAAGAUCAGAUUGGGACCCAGGCAUAGGACAGGAGUGCGCUGCCCUGCGGAAAGGACUUGUUUUUUUAAUUAAAGAAAAAUCUCCAGAAAAAAAAGAAUAAACUGUAACCAAAGUUGCUGUCUCGUUUACAGUGAGUUUGGGGGAUACGUGUGCUCGCUUCCUCCCUCUGGGGGUCGGCAGGGAGAGGAGGGCACAGACUAAACAAUAUUAUGGUUCGUGUUUGGAGGCUACAUAGACUCACGGACUGUGGUGUGGUAUAAUUGCUGUAACUUUGGAUGCUAUAUACUCAGCCCCACAGGAACCACAUUAUUGGCUGUGAACAGACAUCUGUCAUGGGAGGCCUGUGCAGUAGAUUGUAGGACUUUUUUCUGUACUGUACACCUUAAAAACUGUAAACAUACUGUAAUAAUACUGUUUCACACUGAGAUACGCUGGCUUGGCAGCAAACUGUAGUUUUUAAAAACAGUUUUAGUUAAUGUCGAGAGAGAAAACGGCUUUCCCCCCAAAGUAUGGUGAACCUACAACACCCCGACCUCUUCUCUUUGUCCCUUGAUUGUAUGACUUGACCCUUAUAUUAAAAAGUCACCUCUUAAGGACUGGUCCUCAACUCUAGAUGCAGUCCGAGCUGCAGUGUAUAUAUGAUGUUGUACAUUACACUUCUCUCUCUUUCUCAACUUCUGUUGCUCUUCACCAUUUUUAAUCUUUGACGAUUUCCAGUCGCCCCCCCUCCCCCCUCCCCCUGCAUCAAGUACGCCAUGUGAUUACUUGACGCCCGCCCUCUCCGUUCCUUUGGCGCCUCGCUCUGCUCGUAUCGCGCUCCGGGUGUGGGGGCGGUGGGAGGGUGUUAAGCUGCUGUCCAACGCCACCCCCAACAAACACAACUUCAAGUUUCAGUUUGUCUCCAGUCUGGGUGUAGAGAAUAUAACAAGAAUCAUGUCUGCGGUUCCAUCUGAGCUCCUUCAUAAAUGACAAACUAGACCUUGAUGAAGAAACCAUUUUAAUUUUGUUUAUUUUUUUUUCCAGUGAUGCGGAUUCUGCAUAUUUGUAUUUCAGAUGAUGUAGCUAAAACUUGAUGUAAAUUCCUCUUUUUUUCCUUUUUUUGGCUUAAUGAAUAUCAUUUAUUCAGUAUGAAAUCUUUAUACUAUAUGUUCCACGUGUUAAGAAUAAAUGUACAUUAAAUCUU